GUGAACAGCACAGCAAAACCAAAUUGAAAUUCUUUCGACUUUCGCUAAUAUGUUGGAAGCGGCGAAAGAUAACGACCAAGUGACGCGGAGUGUUCAACAUGCAAUCAUCCCCGUUUUCUCUUUCGAGAACAUUUUUCUAAGUAAUUGACUCUGGUGACUACAAAUAAACAGCGUCUUUUGAAGUAGCGAAGCGACGCGGUCGUAAAACUCAAAGUCGUGCUUAUGUUGAGAGGAUAGAACAGAACUACUGGACAGAAGCAGAACUACCAUCGUGCAGAACCGCACGCGCAAUUGCAAUUGCAUCAAAUGCUGUAUGGCAAGUCAUCAGUCGGGCAACCACCAACACGAACGUCUCCUCACGGCGGGGCUCGUGCUUCUAUCUUCGGAAUAUCACAAGCUGAAUUGCGAAAAAUCAAUACUUCCUUCUACAACAGUCUUGGUUGAAGAAUACUAGAACAUCAUGCCCACAAUCAAUAAGGCUCUGCUCCUGAUGUGCGGCUAGGUGGGUAGAGGAAAAACAGACAGUUUAGCUACGCCAUGACGACGACGAGAGACCUAGUAAAGCUAAACUAAAUAAAACUCUAAUUUUGUACAGCAACUGUAACUGACACGAAUUCUCAAAAUCAUUCAAAAUGCCGCACUAUCCGGACGAAAUCGAGUACAGUGAAAAGUAUCAAGACGACACCUACGAUUACCAAUUGGGAUUCGUUUUCAGCAAUAAAGUCAAAAUGAAACUUUGUCAUGUGCUGGUCGUGCAAUUUCAGUAAAAAUAAGAAGUAUCCGCACCACGACCAUUCGUACGAGUAAAUUCAUACAUUUCAUUGCUGAAACGAAUUUCGUUUGGAUGACCAGUACCGACACGUGAUAUUGCCGAAGCACAUAGCAAAGAAGAUGUACGCGAGCUAUGGGUAAGUACGAUGCUAAUCUUUGAACUGGUUCUUGUUGAAGCGGUUGAAGAGUCGCGUCAGAAGUAAGACGACAGCACUGGCAUGUUUUUCUUUCUGAUGCCGUCGUAGUAACGUUGCGACAGCGCGUACGCGUUUCAUAAUAAUUGUUUUUCUACUUCGGGAAAAGGUAAAACAUACCCGUCUUCAAUUACAACAGCCGCAAUCUUUUGUCGGAAGACCAAUGGCGGGGACUCGGCGUGCAGCAGAGUCGCGGGUGGAUGCAUUACGAGUGUCAUAGACCCGAACCACACAUCCUGUUGUUUCGCCGCCCGCUCGGUACAAACCCGCUCACCGGUAUGGUCGAGGAUCCGAAUCUAGCCGCGCAGCAAGCCGUCGUGGCCUGA